GUGUCUUUUUCUCCACCAGAAGCAUAACAAGCUCAACCUGAACCAAACAAAAUAAUAAUGACCCGACGUUGAAGGACAAAUUGGUGUGGCCUUUCGUGAAAAAAGAGAAUUUAUUCGGUCAAGUCUGAAUAUCAUUGGGCUUAACCAGGACUCGGCAACAAAGAAAUGGUCACCCUCAUAGGUCUGCCUUCAUCCCAAAACAUUUAUGGAAGUGUGUAUGGAAGCUUAAGGUACCGCAAAAAAUAAGAUGCUUUAUGUGGAAGACCUUACAGGAGGCAGUGGCAAAUAAGGCUAAUUUGUUUAAGCGCCGAUCUUCUCCUUCACCAAUCUGCCCUUUUUGCAACUCGAAGGAAGAAUCAAUGAUACAUCUUUUUCUUCAAUGCCCGUGGGUGGAGAAGGUGUGGCACGGGAGAAUGUUGACAAGAGGCUUACGCAGGGGGGAGGUUACAUCUUGGGCGAAUUGGUUGGGUGUUAUUCCUGAUUCGGUAAAUGGACAGACUAGUGCAAGGAGCAGCUUGCUUUCAUAUGUUGCUAUCACUUGUUGGCACAUAUGGAAGGCAAGAUGCAACUUCCUCUUCAAUCAACAAUCCAUCUUUCCACGGCAGAUUAUUGCAGCUAUCACCCAUUCGGUGGUUGCUUUUAAGGAAACUAAUCAGACCCUGUCCAUUAGCUUGUCGAUCUUUGUCCCAGAUUUGGCUACGAUGGGCAGUUGGGAAGCUUUCCCAAUUCUAGCGCGGAGCAAAGGAAUGGGGGAGGCUUUUAAUGACUGCCGCUGGUGUUCAGUUUCAAGAUCGGUCAAUAUGGCUGCAGAUCUUUUGGCGUCGCGGCAAAGUAGGGAGGUAUGUGAUAAUGUUUGUGAUAAUGUUUGGGUUUAUAGACCCUCAUGCUCCCUUGUGUAUGUUUUGUGUAAUGAUGGUCUUCAUUGUCCCCCUUAAUCUCUUCUUGGUAGUACAAGGAGUGACACUUUUAGCAUUAGAUGCAGUGUCGUUUGUACCUCCUUGUACUACUUCUCUCUAGUUGCUGUUAUUUGCUUUUGCCUCGGGGUAGGCUUCUUUGUAUCUUUGGCAUUUUUGCCUGAAUAAUAUAUUAUCUCG